CUUUAUCUUUACAUUUAUUUCCAUAUUCGUCGGCGUUCUCUUCACCUUACCUUCCCUCUUUCUUAUCCAAAUCCAAGUAAACAUUGGUGCGCUCGUUUUCUCACUCGCUCGAUCUCUAUACCUUCAUCGAUCAGCAAUGUUCACUGCGAUAGGCUCGUCGUCAAGGGGAUUAGUGCUGAUUUACCGUUCGUUUGCUGAAAAUGGCCACGCCGAUCCCUCGACGGUCGCCUCUUCCUUGUGUCCAUCAUGGAUUGGUUUUAGUUACAGAAGGAGGUCUUCGCUUGUAAGAAUUGACGCUGUUCCGAAGCCCGUUGCAUCAAGUAGCGGCACAGAGCAGCGUGAAUCUUCCCGCUGGGAAUCGACGGACGGAGGCGCUAGCGACGAAGCUUUGCAGCUCCGGAGGUCUGCUGAUUGGAGGGCAGCAAGGACAUACAAGGAAAGUGGUGUGAUUUACGAUGGAAAAGUAGAGGGUUCAAAUGCUGGUGGUUUACUGAUUCGUUUUUAUUCGCUACUUGGCUUUCUUCCAUAUCCUCUUUUGAGUCCUUCUUAUUCUUGUAGAGAUCCGACAAGAUCCAUUCAAGACACAGCGAAGCAGCUUGUGGGGUCAUCCAUAUCUCUAAAGGUUAUUGAAGUGAACGAAGAAGAAAAAAGGCUGAUUUUCUCUGAGAAGGAUGCUAACUGGUCUAAGUAUUCUAGUCAGGUUAAGGUCGGAGAUACUUUUGAUGCUAAGGUUGGCUCGGUGGAAGAUUAUGGUGCAUUUGUGCAUUUGCUUUUCCCUGAUGGUCACUAUCAUCUCACCGGACUAGUGCAUGUUUCAGAGGUUUCUUGGGAUUUGGUUCAUGAUGUUAGAGAUAUUCUUAGUGAAGGUCAGCAGGUGAAGGUCAAAGUUAUAAAUGUUAAUAG